CAUUUUUAAAAUUCGUUAAAUGCGUUUGAGCUUCUCUUUAAUGUUGCUGAUAAAAAUUCGUGGUUUUUUUAUUAGUUUGAUUUAAUUCCCUUUUCUACCUCGUUUUCUGUUUAAUAAUUUACCUCAUAUCGCUGUGUUUCUUUUGAUCACUGACUUGACUUUGUUUCCAAAAUGUCUGAGCAAAAACAGAAAGAUAUCCUUGUAUAUAACUAUAUUAAAGCAUGUUACCCUGAAGCCGCUGAAGUUUUCCGAAAAGCGGCCAAAUUAGAGGUGAGUGCUAAUGUUGCUGGUCAAUUGGCUUUUGUCAUUGGUUCUAUUUUGGUUCAUGGUACAAAGCGGCCUUUAUCCCCGAUGCGCAAUGGACCAGGACCUAAGAAAUCGAAAGCAGACUCAGCUACAGUACAAGCUGUUUUGAAUAAUCUGGCUGGUAAGCAGAUGAAAACUGCAAAGAGUAAUUUACCGAAUAAUGGUGCCCAGCCAUCAGUCUCCAAAGAAUCUUCAUCGUCUGAUUCUGAUGAUUCUGAGGAUACUAAAAAGCCCAAGGUGACUGCCCCAGCUAUUAAAUCUCCCAUUAAAUCACCAGUUAAAGUCGCACCGACACCUGUUUCUGCUUCUAAGAAAGCAGAAUCAUCUGACGAUUCUGAUGAAUCUGAAGAGGAGAGUGCUCCAAAAAAAGCCGCUGUUAAGCCUACCAUUGCUACCUCUAAAUCAACUGCAGCUAAAUUGACCCCUUCAGCAGCAUCCAAAAAGGCUGAUAGUGAUUCGGAUGAUUCUGAUUCUGACUCUGAUGCAGCACCACCUAAGAAAGCAACCACCACCCCGAAAGUAACAUCUCCAGUUAAACCUGCUGCUAAUACCGCUACAGCUAAACCAGCCACAGGUAAAGGUAAAGCAGAAAGCUCUGAGGAUUCUGAUUCAGAUGAUGAAUCGGAUGAUGCCAAGAAAGCUAAACCUGCUACUGUUGCCGCUAAAAAGCCAACUGCUGUUAAAGGAGCUGCGCCAACUGGUAAAAACACACCGAAAUCUGUAUCCGAGAGCUCCGAAAAAAUUGCUAACAAUGAUGAUGAAAGUGACGAUUCCGAUUCCGAUGAAGAAGAUGCGAAAAAGCCAACCAAACCAGUAGCUGCCAAGGCUGAUGCAAAAGCAACACCUAAAAAACAAGAAAGCUCAGAUGAUAGUGAUUCUGAUUCAAGUGAAGAUGAAAAAAAAUCGAAAGCUAAAAAACCAGUACCAAUAACCAAAACCCCUGUUCAGGCCAAACCGACAGUCGCAGCUAAAAAAGAUUCCGAUUCAAGCGAGGAUGACGAUGAUGACAGUGAUGAAAAAAGUAAAAAGCCCAAAAAAAAUGUCACAACAAGAGUGCCUCCCAAGGUGGCAACUCCAGUUAAAAAAUCUAAAGAUUCCGAUUCGAGUGAAUCAGACUCUGAUGAUGAACCCAAAAAGAAAGUUAAAACUCCAGCAACAGGAAACAAAUUCACUCCAAAACCCGAUGGUAAGGCCAAAAGUGUAGACUCACCUCAGAGCUUUACUCCAGGUAGUCAGAAAAGGAAGACUUCACCUUUUAGACGAGUCAAGGUUGAUGGAGCUUCAGGAUUUGGAGGAGAUUCAAGCUUCAAAAUCACUGGUAAAACUCCAGAUCCAUUCACCAAUUUGAAAGGAAAAGAGUUCAAGAAAGAGAAGACCAAGAAAAAGAAAGGAUUCAACAAGCCAAUGUAACUGUUUCUAGUUUAGUAAAAAAUUUCUCAACUCUAUGGACAACCUUCACUAAUUCUCUCAAUCGUUAUAUUAUCGAAAAAUUAUAUAUUUUCAAUUGGGUAACUUCUCAUCAGACUUACGCUGUACAUUUUCAUCGACUGGAGCUUUUCAACAUCCAGUGCAAUAAUUUAAUUAGAAAUCUUAAAUUCUCUCUUAAUUAUUGCAUGAAAAAUACAAAGAUACUAUUCUGAUUUCUAAAGCCUCAUUAAACAUUUGUUCCAUUAAGCUCUUUCUCUUCAUUGUAUCAGGAAUCAAUCAACUUGAUUUUCAUCAAAAUUCAAUUAAACCUUUACAUUUAACUUCUUCACUUAAAA